AUGAUGAACACCACAGCUGAGAUGUAUUUAAAGGGUAAUGAUCUACAGGAAAAAAUCAACAAACUUCAUUAUCUCUAUCAACCUAUUGAUUUAAAUUACAUUUUUCAUGAAAGUAAAAUGAGAGCUAUAAAAAGUAUGAAGAGUAUCAUUAAAGAAUCCAAUCGACGUAGCAUCCAAGAGUGUGAUUACAGUGAUCUCUUAGUUUGUUCUUUAACUUUAGUCUAUUAUUUUGGCAUGAGGUUGAAAAUUAAUAUGCUUAAAAGAAGAUUUUGGAUCAAAUGUGAUAAGAAAUUAUUUCACAGAGCAGAAUCGGCGUUUCAGGACACUCUGAAUGUACUUCAACCAGAAUGUAGCGAGAAGACCAUCAGAAUUACUUUGGAUUUUUUUUCUAAUAUACCACUAUGGCCUUAUGAGAACUUUGUUACCCAGAUACUGGAAGUGGUUUUAUAUUACAGUCGGGGAAGGAUAACUUUAUUUAAUCUUAUGCUAACUGAUAUUCACUGUGUUGUAUUUAGCGAUGUGAAAUCUGCCCGUCACCGAAUGCGAGUAUUAUAUGAGCUGCUAAAAAGUGAUAAUUGGAUUAUCAAUAAACAAAAAUUACUUCCAUUCAUCACUCGAUUAUUAGACUUCUUUACAUGCAGCAUAGCCAAAGGUACGGAGGGAAUUGUUAUUUACCGCUAUUUAAAGAAAGGCUUUGAAGUUUGCCUCCGACGUAUUUUCGAGAGAACUGAAAAUCGUUGCCGUUUAAUUAUUAUCACGACCAUGUUAAAUUGGUUUUCUAUGGCAAAUAUGGAUAAUGAUGAGGUUCUAGAAUUUUCAUCAUUAAUAGAACAAGCAGCCCAGCUUUAUCAAGUUGGACAGUAUAGCGAAAGUUUUCAAGAACAUGUAUUUUCUGAUGUGUUAGCUAACUUUGUUGGCUCUUCCAAUGGGGUCUACAGCCUUGUUGGAUGCCGCCUUAUGGUCAGAUUUUUGGAUAGACACUGCAAUGCUGCAUACCUUUCGAUGCCUGCUAUUUAUUACGAAUUUUCACAGACUCCUCUUAAAGUAGCUGAAUACAAUGGAAAUGAUAAAGCGUUCUUAAGGCACUAUAGAGAGCAAAUUCAUGAUUACUCAAUUAAAGUCGUACAAUACCACAGCUAUAGCCAAAUUAAUUUAAGGACGAUGUUCUCUUUAAUUGCUUGCACAAUCCUAGAAGUUCCUUGCAGUCUGACGGCUGCUGCUGCAUCUUGUUUGAUGAUGACAAUCCAAGACUUCGCUUUGACUCAGGAAAAAAUACCUGACAGGAGUCGUUUUUGGUUACAUGCAAUUGUGUUAUCAAUCAUGUCCUUAAUAUGUUGGGUUCAUAAAGCCCCAGAUCUUUAUAGAUAUGUGAACGAAAUAAUAUCACGGCGGGCGAAGGAUGCACCACAGUUAAAUCCACCUUUGCUAAAAACUUACAACCUUCAAAGUCAACACGCUUAUUGGAAGAAGUCCACAUUAUUUUUUGAGGAUUGGGAACUUAGAUAUGGACUGUGGAAACACUUUCAAGCCGCAAGGCAAAAAGAUAGGAUUAACCAAAACAAAAUGGCUAAGAAAAAGCCCAUUAUGGACAUAAAUACAUAA